UUUGGACCCACCCACAGGUGUCCUGUAGCAGACGAACAUGGCCACCUCUGAGGUGUGGACCGCAACUUCUGUCCAGCCGGACGGUUCAGGCCAGAAUCCGGCCAGGAAACAGGACAAUGGAGCUGGCUGUUUAAAGUGUGGAGACCAUUGCCCAGGACUUGAUCUUCAUGAAUGGAGGAACUGUUGUACCCAGUGUAAGUGUAGAAGAGAGGAUCAUGACGUGUACAGCAGAGAUGUCACCACCCUGUUCCAGAAGUUACAGAUCAGUCAAGACACGCCUGUUGCAAGAGGGUAUGCCUGGGUCCCACCUGGCAUUUCCUCAGUGGAAAAGCUUGAAGAAUACAUGAAUGCCCUGCCCGAUGACAGGGUCCCCAGAAUAGGCAAGCCUGGAGAGCGAUUCAGACAGCGGAACCUGGUCCUGCAGUUACCACUUCAGGACUUUGAUGAAGCAUUUUGUGGCAGUGAGCUGACAGACUCAGAGAGGAGGGACUUCAAGUUAUUCAGACAGAAGAGAGACUACCAGUCCUACGGGAUGGGAACAGUCAAGGAGAAUAUUGAGCGAGACAUGAAAUGUUACAAAUGUGAGGGUACAAUCCCGGAGGGGAGCAUAGCGGUUACCACUUCCCACACAGGUUCAGACGUCUGCUGCCACCCUGGGUGUUUCUGCUGCAGUACCUGUCAAGUCCUCUUGGUGGACCUUCUGUACUUCUACCAUGACAGCAGCAUAUACUGUGGCAGGCACUACGGAGAGUCCUUACACCCCAGGUGCUAUGGUUGUGAUGAAUUGAUCUUCGCAGGUGAAUACACCAGAGACAUGAGUAAACAACAGUGGCACGCCACCCACUUCAACUGCUUCAACUGUAACAACAGUCUGACUGGCCAUCGCUACGUCAACCGAGACACCAACCACUACUGUCUGAAAUGCUACGAGAAGCUGUUCGCCUUCCCGUGCGAGCACUGCGGCCAGAAGAUCGGAACUGACGUGAAGGAUCUGUCCUUCAACAACAAGCACUGGCACGAGCAGUGCUUCAACUGCUCCAAGUGCAAGAAGUCUCUGGUGGAUCAGCAGUUCACCCAGAAGAGCGACAAGAUCUACUGUGCCCAGUGCCACAAGGAGACCUUCCUGGGCAAGUGUGAUGGAUGCAACCAGCACUUCGACCCUGGUGACAAGAAGAUGGAGUACCAGGGCAAGAACUGGCACGAGAAGUGCUUCACCUGCAAGGAGUGCAAGAAGCCUGUCGGCACCAAGAGCUUCAUCGCUAAGGACGACAAGGUCAUCUGCCAGCCCUGCUACGAGGACAAGUACGCCAAGAAGUGCGAGAAGUGCAGGAAGGUGAUCUCCAUGGGUGGCAUCACCUAUAAGGACACCCCCUGGCACAAGGAGUGCUUCGUCUGCACCCACUGCAAGAAGCCCAUGUCUGGGGAGCGCUUCACCUCCAAGGACAACAACCCCUACUGCAUCAACUGCUACGGGGACCUCUUCGCAAAGAAGUGUGCCAAGUGCACCAAGCCUAUCACUGGUCUUGGAGGCACCAAGUUCAUCUCCUUCGAGAACUCGAACUGGCACAGCGACUGCUUCAACUGCACUGGCUGCAAGACUUCCCUGGUCGGCAAGGGCUUUACCAACGAGGGUGGGCGCAUCCUCUGCCCCGACUGCACCAACCAGGAGGCCCAAGUCAAGGGGCACUAGACAGCACCAUACGGUGCAAACAGUCUCACAGCCUAUGUACGGUCACACAAGAUCUAACUAACACACGUUUCAUCUGGGUGUGCUGAGACUAAAUACUCCUGCAUAGUCAACUCCAAAGCUUUGCAGCGGAUUAGAAAUAAAACUUGAAGAUUUCAACCUGGAGUAACAAAGCUGUUGAUUUUAGGGUAGUGCAUAUUGAAGACAGAGAUUGAAGGACUUGCAAACGUCCAUUUUUCAGAGAACCACAAGACAAUGAUCAUUUUAUGCAUUUAAGUAAGUCUGUUUGGAAAUAUGAAAACAACCAAAUGUCAGGUAGUAUACAUCAAACAUACAACUAUCUUUUGUGACAGUUAGAAGGUGCUGAAAGGUAUGACACAAACUCAGUUUCACAAAGCUAUACAAGACGUUAAGAAGAAGGAAAGAUAUUGAAAACACACUGCUGUGAUAAAGGUGAUAAAGUAGAACUUCAGUCGUGGCAAUCACGUAGCGUCAAGCAAUCAUAUCAAUGUAAAGAGUGCCACUGGUGUAUCAUAUUUAAACAUUAUAUUCUAGUUAAGCAUCUCUUAGUUAAUGUAAUAAAUGGCACAUACAUGUAUGUUAAAACACUGUAUUAUGUUAUAUUGGUGAAGUCUCCACAGCCAGUUCUAAUCAUUGUGGUUGGCAUAUACAAUGUAUAUGUGUCUGGUGACAAUAAGUCAAACGUUUUUGAAUGCAUGUUUUCAAUCAGCAAGUAUGUCCACAAUUUUGUGCUUAAUUCACUGCCAAAUGAAAGGUUUCCAAAAGAUUUCAUAAAACCUUUCAUGAUCGGAAAGUACAACUAAGUCUUGUAUCAACAGCAACAUGAAAAACUUGCCAAAAAAAGAAUGUCAAACAAAGCUGUAUCCAGCAUUAAAAGAUAAACAAAAUUCCCUACAUUGUCAUUACAGAUUUUGUGUACUUGCAUAUCCAUAGUUGAAAAAGAAACAUCAAUUGGAUUUGAUGUUCUAUCAAGUUCUUCUGUUCACAACAUAGUACAGCAAAUUUUGUUCCCCAUAUUCGAAUUCAAUUUGUUCACUUCUUUCGUUUGCACUACUGUAUUUACAAAAAGAGAGAUGUAUGAAGAUCAAUAAUUGUAGAUUUGCAAUAGAAUAAUUCAUUCUAGAGAUAAAGAUUGCCAAGGGAUAUGAUGUACACUGGAUAUUAGAUGGACUAGUAUAUAUUACCUGUCACUUUCACUAUGCAAUAUAACAUUAUACAUGUUAACAUAAGCUUGCAAGUAUCAUUUUGAGGAAUGUCUAAGACAGUAUUAUGGUGUGAUUUUUUUCUGCUUCUAUAAUAUUUGGUUGAUCUUAUACAGAUGCACAUGUAGUUACCCAACAUUGGAUGAGUUUUAGAACACUGAUAGGUCGUACUAUUAGUUUGCACCUUAAAGUUGAUUUAUGCCAAGCAUCAUAAGUUUUACUUGGAAAGUUAUUGCUACUAUAUCUGGUAUAUUAUGCUACGGAAUAUGUUGAUCGCUGCUGAGAAUAUAUGUAAAUGAGGCUUUAAUGAGGAAUUAUAUAUUUUAAGUGGUGAGUUUUGGUGCUGUGAUGAUCUCUUUUGCUCUUGCAAAUCAAGCUAAUAAUAAAGUGGAUUAAAGGGGAAA